CAGAGAGAGGAGAGAGAGAGAGAGGGGGGGAAAAAGGGGACGCGUUGGAAAUCAAAUGUUCAUCAGCGUUUCGCCCAUUGGCGGCCAAAUCCGCGACAUCUUCAUCAUGAGCGGGACUGGAUUCGGACUACCUUCAUGGAAAUGAUAAACGUGGAAGGAGGAAAAUGAGGAAGAGCGUCUUUUUUCGAGCUGGUUGGAUUAUAACCCCGUAGACCCCCCUCUUUUUUCAUCCAGCUUUCUCCUCCUCCCCUCCAUUUCUCUUUCAAUAUGCUGUUUUCCACUCCGGAGGACUUGCUUAUGAAACCGGGGAGAAUCGCCUGAAACGGAGCUUGGGAAAGACUGGAUUUUUUUUUUUUGCUCCUCGCCUUGCGACGUCGCUUUCGCAUACGGUUGUUCCCCCCUCAUAGAUGGAUAGAAAUUACCCGGGAACAGGGUUCGGCGAUUUGGGCGCUGGAGCAGGAUGGAGUUACGAGAGAUCGGCCAAAGCAAGUCUUGUAUAUGGGAGUUCCAGAUCAUCCCACCCUGAGUCUGAGCUCCUCCACCGCCAAGCCUACGCCACCCCACACCCUCUGCAGGGCUAUGCCACCAAUCACCACCCAGGGAGCUCCGGCCAAGGCGGAGCUUGGGGAGCAGCUGGACGGAGUUUGGGUCUGUCGGGGCUGUUUGACACCGGCCUGCAUCACGCCGCUCCCUCAGCCCCCGAUGCCUCAGUCAUGAAUCUGAUUUCGGCAUUGGAGUCUCGGGGUCCCCAGGCUCCCCCCUCGGCCUCCUCCUUACUCUCCCAGUUCCGCACGCCAUCCUGGCAGACAGCGAUGCACACACCUGCUCCUCCAGAAUUAUUCAUUUCUGGAGCUCUUCCUGGCUCGGGCUCCUUCCCCUCCUCCUCCGCUCUCUCAGCCUAUCAGCACCCAGCAUCCUUUUCCAGCCGCUCCUUUCCCGGUGCCUCCCUUUCCCUGCAGGACACGCCCACGUUUAGUCCCACGUCCAAUGGCCUGCUCUCCCCACAUGACCCCUUACUACACAUCAAAGCUCCCUCCCAGUCCAGCCUGGGUUUUGACAGACUCCUAUCCUCGCAAGGGGCUGCCGCAGCCGCCUAUAGGGGCAGCCAGGACCCUACAGGUGCCUCAUCAGCCCAGGCGUCUUCUGCUCGGCACCUGCAGUCCCACCAGUUUAACCUGCUGUCCUCGCAGCUCCAAGACCAGUCCUCCCAGCUGUAUAACGCAUCAGUAUUCUCCUCAGCCCAGCCCCAAACUCAGUCCCAAUCCCAGUCCAACUCGGCUCAGGAGCGGGCCGUGCCAAGACAGGACAGCGUUAUCAAGCACUACCAGCGGCCCACGCCAUCGCAGCCGCAGCUCUCGUCCUCCGCUGCUCACUCCUUACAGCACUACCUCAGCUGUGGAGGGGCAGGCUACCAACAAAUAGCCAGCCAUCACAGGCACGCCGGCCUUUCGUGCAGCCCGCUGGGCGACCAGAGCCCCUCGUCCGACCACAAAGCCUCCUCUCGUACAGAGCAAUAUAGGCCGAUCAUCCAGCCUCCGUAUUCUUCAUCUUCCUCCUCCUCUUCUUCCUCUGCUGGGAAAGGUACCAAAAGUAGCUCCAGCAGCGGCUACUCCUCUGGAAGUUCGGCCUCGUCAUCAAGAACUCCUCUCACCCCUCCUUCUGCAUCCUCUACCUCCUCCUCCUCCUCUUCUUCUUCGGCCACUCCUGGGGCUCACCCCUCCAACUCCAUCCCCACCUCAAGCUCCAGUGCAGCCCCCUCCAGGCAGCAACCCCCAACUCAACCGGCUCCACCUCCCCCGGCCCCUCAGCAGCAGCAACCCCCUCCCACUUCCACUUCAACACCUCAAUCCCUCCCCAAAUCCUGCCUCUCUGGCUAUGGCUCUCCCGUGCCGCCUGUAAAACCCCCCACCUCUGCUCUCACUGGUCAGACUCCACCCCAACAGCAGACGCAGUCAUACUCUCCAAAUCAGCCUCCUACUUCCCAUCUCGCUCAAUCCUAUGGAGGCUUCAGUUCUCCACAAGCCCAGGACCUGAGCUCAGGUACUGGUGGGAAAGGCUAUGGAAGUUUAGGAGGGCGAAGUCAGUCAUACCCCACUGAUAUCUAUGGAACCGAUUCUGCUUAUGGAUCACUUCCCUCCUCGCUGGGUGGGGCCGGAAGCCCAUCACUGGGCUAUGGUGCCCCAGGUCAUUCUCCUGCACUUUUAAGAUCAAGUGGGUCAUCAGGUAGUGGAGCAUCUGGGGGAGGAAGCAGCAGUGGCACAGCAAGUGGAAACUCUGGCUCAGGAGGAGGGGCAGGAAAUGGUAUGGCAAGUGAGAGAGGUGGAGGGGGUAGCGGAGGGGCGUCUUAUCAUAUUCCAGAUUCGAGUCCCUCCCCAUCUGGAAACUCGGGCAUUAUCCGCCCUGGGCUGCACUCCCCGGUGCCGCCUUGUCCCACGCAGUCUCCCGGAGGGGCAGGUUCCAAUAAAUACAUCUCCUCUGUUCUCUCUCCUACUUUCCUAAGCUCCCCACAGGGCUACCCUGACACCAGAGGUCCGAGCUCUCAAGCUCAGUCUUACCACGCCGCCUCCUCCAAAUCAAAGGCUGACACGUCAAUGCUCGGAGUCGGUUCGCAGAGAUCCCAAGAGGAAGUAGAUGACGACGACGAGUUCUUGAUCCAGCACUUGCUGCAGGCACAAGCCAGUCCUGCUACCCAGGCUUCUCAUCACCAUUCCCAACAGCAGUCCCAACAGACAUCCCAGCAAACACAGCCUCAGCCUCAGUCGGCGCCGCCAACAUCUGAUGCUGGCAAAGGGCUUAGCUAUGACAUGGGAAAGUCCUCUGAGGAAAGGUACCACCCCCAGAGUGUCAUACGCACCCACAGUGCCACAUCCUCUUCUGGGGUCGGUAAUGCAAACUCCGGGGGGUCUAUCUCUGGCCUGGACAGCCAGCUGGAGAUGUCACUGAAGAAACAGCAACAACACCAACAACAGCAGCAGCAGCAGCAACAACAACAGCAGCAGCAGCACCAUCACCAACAGCAGCAAAGGAACGAGAGACCUGUAGGGAGUAGCAGGAGUAGCGGGGGACGGGGCAGUGCUGAACAAGUGCACUCGCACCUUCUUCACCAUGACAACCUAGGCUCAGUCGUCCACUAUGGGCGGGGGGACCCGUACACACAGCACCCCCUUGGCCCCCAACACUCCUCGCAUAACCAGCACGUAUCUUCACAUUCUCAGAUUCCACCCCACACCCAGAUGGAGCUACAGAAAAAGGAACGUGCUGAAAUCCCUUAUCCCCGUAAGACGCCGGAGGUCCAGCCGCAACAUUCUCAGUCUCAAAGCGCUGGCUCUCUUAUGGACUCACCCACAGAUCAGUCCCACCAGUCACCGCACCUCCUGCAGUCCGUGUUGUCCCAUACGACUCGCAACAAACUCGAGCCUCACACGCAGCAGCACCACAAGAUGGACACGCACCAACAACAUCAACAGCAACACCACAAAAUGGAGACACACCGGCAACACCAACAGCACCAUAAAAUGGACUCCCACCAGUCACAUCAGCAGCACCCGAAAAUGGACUCCCACCCGCAGCAUCAGCAGCACCACAAGAUGGACUCUCACCCCCAACAGCAACAGCACGCCAUUGGUCAACAGCAAGGCGUGAUGGAGAGCGCCAGCGGACGACUCGGCUCGACGAAACAUCCGGCUCAAGCUCAGUCCCAGACAACGCAGCUCCAGCUCCAACUCCAGUCGCAGGCUUUAGAGGUGGCAGCGGCUCAUUACAACCACGGACCCUCGUCACAUCAGCACGAACAAAGCCAAGUCAAACAAAGCUCAGUGGUCUCGUCUUUGGACAUGCUGGAGCGCUCUCUUUCCCAGACCUCCGGCGCGGAUGUGGCGAUUGCCGAGGACAGGCGCGGUGGACGGAGCGGAGGAAGCAGCGAGCGCCACAGACAGCAGCAGGAGCAGCAGCAGAGGCAGCACCCGUCCCACCAUCACCCUCAGCCCCACUCGGCCCCCGAACUCCACUCUUUCCUCUCUGAGCCUGAAAUCGCGAUGCCCACCUCCUCCCACAUGCACCACCUUUCGCAGCACCACCCUCAGCAGCAACAGCAGCACCCCAGCUCUCAACACCAGCAAGCCCAUUCUCACCACCCUCACGGCCAGCCGCAAACCCCGCACCCUCACCAUAUCCCCCCGCCGUCCGCCCCGACCCAUCCCCAACCUCCGCCCGAGUCGCAGCAGCUCACCCCCCAGCAGAGCCAAUUAGACCAACAGCGCUCGGAGCAGCACCAGUUCGACACCGUCAGCCCGGUCGAGAAAGCGGACCAAACCCAACAAAGUAAUCGCUUUGUUCCCCUGACGUCCAUCUGCUUUCCUGAUUCCCUUCUCCAAGAUGAGGACCGCUCCUUCUUUCCAGGCAUGGAAGACAUGUUUUGUGCAGAGGACUACAAGUCAAGUUGUGCUGGUGGUGCCGGACCAGGACAGGAGGAGAUGAAUGAAAGCCAUACUGGGCAAGAAGGUAUGGGCUCCAUGAAGGCCGGACAGAGUGGCGGGGGACCAGGCGGAGGUAGCGGAGCUUCGUAUGAUAUGAUGGGUCAUCAUGGAGAUCAGGGUUAUGAGCCAUACUGUCAUAGCUUGGACGAGCCCAGCAACAAUACGAUGACUCUAGAUCUCGAUUCCCUUAAAACUCACGAGCUCCCCUCCACCGUUAACACGGAACAACUUGGGUUAAUUCAGUCGCAGGGCCCAGCUAUGGGUAUGGGCUCCAAUAACGCCGGACCUAACAACCCCGCCGCAAAGCUAUCAUCCGGGCCUGGAGGAACGAGCGCAGGAGCGGCUUCUGGAGGCCUCCAAUCGCCAAUUUUCUGCUCAUCUCGUCCCAAGAAGCUCCUCAAGUCGAGUUCUUUCCAUCUCUUAAAGGAGCGCAGAGACCCCAACACCCUGCCUAAGAAAAGUUAUGCCCAGGAGUACGAGUUUGAAGAUGAUGAGGAUAAAGCUGACCAGCCUGCUGACAUCAGGUUGAACAGUCGUCGGCUUCCGGAUCUUCUGCCGGAUUUGGUGUCCAGCUGCAGGAAAGGAGGAGGAGGAAGUGGUUCUCUCAGCCCUUUGAUGGGUGACAUUGACUUCUACCACGCCUCUGGCUACCCACCAAUGGGUGCCCACUCCCUUUUGCCUCAGGACGGCCCCAAGAAGAGAGGUCGGAAGCCUACUAGGCCCAAGAGGGAGGGCCCCCCGCGACCCAGAGGCAGGCCUCGUAUUCGCCCCAUGCCCGAGCCCUACACACCGCGAGGAAUGAUGGGUGAGAUGGGCGGAACAGUUGGCGGAGGGGGAUUCAGUGUGGAGGGGCGAGGCAGGGGCCGAGGCCGCGGGAGCAGAGGAAGAGGAGGUCGGAGAGAGGAUAUGUACAUGGAAAUGAGUGGGAAGGAGCAGGAGCAGAUGCAUCACCAACACCACCAGCAGCAGCAGCAACAGCAGCAGCAGCUCCAUCAUCAGUCCCAACAGCAACAGCAUGAACCGAUUCCACCGUUGAAGAUCAAGUUGCCAAUUCCCAUGUCCUCUGAUGCCUUGCUGAGGACAGACUCGAUGUCUGGCACAGACCCUGCUUUGUCCGAUGGCUCAGUAGGCUCAGCUCCUUCCCUCGGUCUCAGUCCUGGUCCUUGUAGCGCUGAAAGCACCAGGGCGCAGGAUAAAAAUAAGCAGAAGGGCCAGAUGAUGAAUGAAGGAAUAGAUGGCGACAGUCUGGAGGAAAGGGGUGAUGAGAAGGAUCCAGAGUCCAAGGCUGGCUUAGUUGCUUCUUUAUUGGAUUUCCUCAAGACAGGGAAGCGACCCCCAAGUUUGGAUAUUUCGCCCGGAAUGGAUGCCGACAAUGGUGAAACCUCCCCCUGUAAAUCAGGGUUGCGUCCAUUAUCCCCGGCGCCUCCUCCACCCCCACCUCCAUUCGGGGAUGGCGAAGGUAAUGGCGGUCUCGCCUUGGGCAGCUGCCCCAGUCCCAAGCGUCUGGAGGACGAGCUGAAGAGGAACCUUGAGACCCUGCCCUCGUUUUCCUCAGAUGAGGAGGACUCGGUCGGAAAAAAUCAAGACCUCCAGAAAAGCAUCUCCUCCGCCAUUUCCGCCCUGUACGACACGCCCCAGCUGACCGCUAACAUCCAUCACUCGUUAACUCCUCAGCCGCAGCCUUCUCACUCCCCUCUGACGCCCCCGUUGCACCCCCCAACCCUCAGCCCUCAGACUGACAUUCCUACACCUCACGCACAACCCCAGCCCAAUGAACCCUGCAUCCUCCAACCAGAGGAGCCAAACAUGGACGAGAACAAGGAUGAGGAGAAUGACGAGGAGCGCAGUACCAGAGGGGACGAGGAGAGCGAUAUGAUGGAGGAGAGCGAACCACAGCUGGAGACACUCGGUGCCCCGAAACUCGAACCGUCCCUCGAGGAGAUUCCUCCUCCUGCCGCAGCAAGUCCCCAACCUCCCUCCGUCCCUCCCUCUCCUGCCUCCUCUUCCUCCUCAUCUCCUGCUCCCUCCCCCCUCCCUCCCCUGUCUCUCCCCUCACCUACUCCUCCCCCAGAAGAACAAGGGGAGAACUCCAAGCCUCCGAGCCCCGUCGCCGCCAAAUCGCAGACACCGCCGCCUCCCCUGACUGCGACUCUCCCACCGCCUCCCACAUCUCCUCCUCCUUCUCCUCCCCCUCCCACUUCUUCGACCCCACCUCCUCCUGCUCAAGCUUCUCCUCAAAAAGAGUCUCUGACGCCCUCGCCCGAGUCUGCCGCCUCUCCUGAAGAAGAGCGACCGCCGCCCAAGAACACCAACUUGCACCUGGCGCAGAAGCAGGAGGACGCGGCCAUCGCUGGAGAGAGUGAGGAGGAUGACAGCGAGAGCGGCGGGGAGGGCAUCUUCAGAGAAAGGGAUGAAUUUGUGGUGCGGGUGGAGGACAUUGGAACACUCAAGUUGGCCUUGCAGACAGGCCGGGAGCCUCCUCCCAUCUGGAGGGUGCAGAAAGCCCUGCUGCAGAAGUUCAGCCCGGAGAUUAAAGAUGGACAGAGACAGUUCUGUGCCACAAGCAAUUAUCUCGGUUACUUUGGAGAUGCCAAAAGACGUUACCAGCGCAUCUACGUCAAGUUUUUGGAGAACGUCAACAAGAAGGACUACGUCAGAGUCUGCUCCCGAAGACCAUGGCGCAGGGCCCCGCCUGCUCUCAGGCGCCAGUCCUUCCCCAGAAUGGCUUCCCCUCCCGCAAACCAAACCCAAGCAAAAGAGGAGCGAUGUACUCCGUCCAGCCAGCGUGACAAGGAGCAAAAGGAGAAAUCAAGAACCACCCCGCCGGCGUCGAAAGAACACCGGGAGAAAAAAGAGGCCUCGUCUGCAGUGGCUAAGGCCAAGGAGAAAGAGCCGGAGGCGGAGAAGGACAAGCGAGUGCAAGCGGCUCAGGACAAAGCGGAGAAACGUGCCACCGAACGUGGGCGGGGCAAGGACGAGAGGAAAGCACCGGAGAGGAAGGAGAAACCCGAUCGGCCACUGAAGUCCAAACCUGCCAAGGUGAAGGCCGAGCCGCCGCCCAAGAAGAGGAAGAAGUGGCUGAAGGAAGCUCCCUCCUCCUCCGACUCGGACUCAUCGGAUGACGCUGCUAGUGAGAACGAAAUGCCCGUGAAAGGUGGCGUGAACAACCGAGCAAUGAGGGAAAUGUUCCGCAGCUAUGUGGAAAUGCUCGUCAGCACAGCUCUGGACCCCGACAUGAUCCAAGCUUUGGAGGACACGGAUGAUGAGCUUUACCUCCCCCCCAUGAGGAAGAUCGACAGCAUCCUCAGCGAGCAGAAGCGGAGGUUGUUGAGGAGAGUCAGCAUGAGCUCUCAGCAUCAGGAGGUUGUGCAUGCAUACCCCCAGAUCAUCGUGGACCCCUUGGACUCGGGAGUGGUGAGGGUGCGGCUCAGUGGCGACGCCUACAACCGCAAGACCCUCAACAGAGUCAAGAAAAGCCUGCCUAAACCACAGGACCUUAAACUGUCAUCUGACUCAUAUCGCAUCUACAGCCUGUACCACUCCCUGCACCACUAUAAAUACCACACCUUCUUACAGUGCAAGAAAGAGACCAACACGAUCGAGCAGGCGGCCGAGGACCCGGGCCAGGAGGAGGUAGUGCAGCAGUGUAUGGCCAACCAGGGCUGGCUGGACACGCUCUUCAGCUCCUUUAUCGAGCUGCUCACGCUCAGCACCAAAGCCUGAGAGGGAUGAGCUUUAUUAAAGUUGGAGAAUAUGAAAAAAAAAAAGAUGAACAGGAUGGAUCCCACUGUACAGACGCCUCCCCUCAACCCAUCAAUUUUCUUCAAAUCUCAAAGAUCUGAGGAUGUAUUUUCAAGGAUGAACUCGAGGGGGGAUCAGAACAAUGGCCUCCUUUUUUCCUUCUUCUUGAACAAUGACUAAAGAAAUGUGUUUCAUUGUGAGGAGUGGGACCCCACCGGAUUUGGGGUCACUUGCCGGUCAAGAGGAAUUUGACCACCCGCCUAAGGUCUGAAAGUGAGGAGCAACACCAAGUCCACAGAGGAGCCGCUAACAUCUCGUUAACUGUGCGUCAUUAAGACAAUAGCUCGAAGAGAAACUAUUACCGCUUAGUUUUUACAUAAAUUAUUUUUUUGAAAAGACUAACAUCCGCUGUCGGCUUUGGGAAAGACUGAAAGAGGGCGAGAAUGCUUUUUAAACUACGUGUGGAGCGUGCCGUGAGCAGCGUAAACAAGGACUCGAACCAUUAGAUGUGUUAAUAAAUGCUCUCUCUCUCUCGCUCUCUCUCGCUCGCUCGCUCUCAUCCAGUGCUACGUGAAGGGCAGCACGACUCAGCCAUGUGAUAAUAUAUAAACACAUUUUUAUUAUUUAUAUGAGGAGGUUUUUAACUUAACAAGCGCUGGAUUGCUGCCCUAACAUUUGAAAUACUUUUUAUUGUCACCACGUUCAGUAUACAAUCGUGACCCACAUAUCCAAGCUGUCUUCCCCUCUACACUUAGGAACGGACAUUAAGACUGACAUAAUGUAUCAAAUACAGUGGGUGUAAAAUAAAAUUAAAAAAAAAAAGAAAGAAAAAGAGUGGGGGGGGGUAUUUGAAAACUUACGUUGUUGUGCUUCAGUUCAAUCAUCACUCAUGCAGAUGCAAAGAAAAAUAAGUCAACUGUCCAUUUCCUGUGUGGGAAGAAGGAGAGUAUAAAUAAGUGAUAUUUAAAGAGGAAAUAGUCAUGUCAUUUUUAUCAUUUUGACGUAUGUGCAUACUUAUUUUGAAAACAAUCUAAUUUUCCAUAAAAAGGAAAAAAAGGUGUGUAAAUAUUGUACAGUUCUUGAUGAUAUUCUUUGUCAUUCUGUACAUUAACUCUCCUGUAUUUGAGAAACAAAUAAAACCUGCAAAGAUCA